CCGAGCCCCGCCCGCCGCCGCCGCCAUGAUCUGCCUGGUGCUGACAGUCUUCGCCAACCUCUUCCCGGCGGCCCGCGGCGGCGCGCACGAGCGCACCUUCGUGGCGGUGAAGCCGGACGGCGUGCAGCGGCGGCUGGUGGGCGAGGUGGUGCGGCGCCUGGAGCGGAAGGGCUUCCAGCUCGUGGCGCUCAAGCUGGUGCAGGCGCCCGAGGAGCUGCUGCGGGAGCACUACGCGGAGCUGCGCCAGCGCCCCUUCUUCGGCCGCCUGCUGCAGUACAUGCGCUCGGGGCCCGUCGUGGCCAUGGUGUGGCAGGGGCUGGACGUGGUGCGCGCCUCGCGGGCGCUCAUCGGGGCCACGGACCCGGCCGACGCCCCGCCGGGCACCAUCCGCGGGGACUUCUGCGUGGAGAUCGGCAAGAACGUGGUCCACGGCAGCGACUCGGUGGACAGCGCCCGCCGCGAGAUCGCGCUCUGGUUCCGCGCGGACGAGCUGCUGUGCUGGGAGGACAGCGCCGGGCACUGGCUGUACGAGUAGCCGCCGCCCGCCCCCCCA